AUGCUGGCGCUGCCCGCCGUCAUCGCCAUAGCCGCUUGCGGCGCGGCCAUCGUCAUUGUCCUCUCGGUGGUCAGCAUUAUUGUCUGGGUCAGGUGUCGCAAAGAGCGCCAUGCAAUGAGGCUGAUGGGCCUCACGCAGAGGCAGGGACGGCGCAUUCGGGGCUUGCAAUCUUGCCCGGUGGACACCUUGACUGAACUGAGCCAGGCAGAAGGGAGCGUAUUAAGGGCGCAUGGGCAGCUUCCAUAUGGCAAACCAUCAGAAUGGGGACAAUUAACGUCGAGGGAGAGUUUGCACCGUCCGAAACAUGACUCAGAAACAUCUUUUCCGUUGACUGAGAAAGCACGAUCUCUCCGCAAUUCCCUUUCUCGAUCUCGUUCCCGGCGCCUAUCACGAUCAUCCCACAAACGCAUGAGCUCGUUGGCUACGUUGAGUGAAUCAAAUCAUCUUCCCAGCCCCCAACAUAAAGCAUCAAUAUCAAUAUCAAAAGAAGACGUCCCACUUUCGGCUGUCGAGGGGAUUUUGGAAUUGCCAGCAGAAAGAACUCCAACGCAAACACCAGAUCCCAACGAAGAGGAUACUGGAUUUCAUCUAGGUAUGAAACCCGUUUCACCUGGAUGGCCCCUUCUAGCACGAGAGCGGUCAAGUUUGUUUCCUCUUUCGGAAGACCGUAACUCCUGGGGCAUGUUUGAUUCAACCACUUACGAAGAGUCUCCUACUCGUCUUCGUGGGGGAAGUAUUGCUAGUCAAACUGCCGGGAUGAUGCCCGGUCACUCGAUACCUCCUCCUCCACCGACUGCAUAUCCUCCAGACAGAUUUAGUUACGCUAGGAAUGACUCUGUGAUGAGACUUUCCUCCAUGAGUCUGGAUACUACCAAUAGCUCGAUUUUGGAUGACGGGAGAAAUGGUAGGUCGGUUGACACCGACCUGACCUCACCCACCUUCCCCUCAGGCACGUUUGUGCCUUUCAGUGCUGCCGACGUUGGAGUCAAGGAUGGUCGCAGGAGUUUCAUUGCCACCAACACCUCCAUUCCUCCUAUGCAUAACUUCCCUGUCCGCUCCUCCUCAACAACCGAAACUCGUCAUAAAUCUGCGUCCUUGUCACCUCGACGCAGUUUGACGACUUACCACUCGGGUGACACCAGCGAUCGUUUUAGUGGUGCCCCACGUCGAACUGACUCCAUGUCUUCAUCUAACCCCCCUUCAAGAAAUGCCUCCCUGCGGUCUGGGACUCCAGUGGGGCGUUUGGGAUAUCAAACCUCAGCCCCAUCCUGGCGAUCAUCGGGCUCUCACAUGCCCUCUGUACCGCAUUUCAAUCAAUACCAAAACAGUACAGGCUACGAGAAUGACGAAAUGGAGAAUGAUCCCUUCUACGUUGGCUCGCCGGGGGAGGGACUCUGUUCCACCAGUCUCUCUCUAAAGGGCAAUCUUCCCUCUGCACUCAAGGGUGGAAAUCCACAACGCAAGGGCCACCGACGUCAGAACUGUGUGCGUAUUUCUAUCCAUCCACCUAUGACCUUUGGGUCAUCGACAUUCUCUCCUACCGUCGAAGAAGAACCAGAAGACUUCGACAAGAUGGAGGAGCUGGAUCUACGUGAUACCACAAUCAACAACCCAGCAAAACCCUUGCCUUCUUUGCCACCAACUCCAGCGUCCCCUCUGUCCUCUUCGAGACGCAGCAAGUACGGCAGUCGACAUGGAAAGCCCGGCCUAGGCUCUCUCGGACCACUAGUCGAGGAGCCGCAGCCCCCAGUGUACGACGGCAGUCCUUGCAAGAAGAGAAACCGUCCUCCAUCUGUCACGGCUACCAACAAGUCUCCAUUCGAAAACAAUCGCGCUCUUCCUGAACUCUUAACAUCUUUCCCUUUGUCUCGCGGCAACUCUCUCACCCACACUCCCUCUCCCGAAAGAGUACCACCUGUAUGGGAACUAUCCGAAACUCCAUUGCCAUCCCACGAGAACUCUCCUGCUAUCGGUAGCCCAAGACGCUCAGCGGUAAAGGGGCCUCGCAACCAACCCGGCGUCAUUCCAACUCGCAGGCAGUCAACUUGCGAACCCCUGACCUCCUCCCGUCAUACACCAGACAGUCCCUUGGCCUCGCCCAGCCGCCUCCCUCUUGUCAUGAGUAUUACAGGAACAGAAGGUAGUGACUGGCGCAGAUCUACAGACUCACUACACCGCGCCAAAACUGAUGCUUCAAAUCGCUCAUUCCGCCAAGAUCGUGUUUCAAUGUCUAGCCUGGACAAUGGGCUGGGCCCCAUUGGCGGUUCUGCAUUCUACGGCACCCGCCGUUCCUCCAUGUUCCAAGAUCACGUCACUAUCUUCGAGGAUUCCAACCAGACCACCUCCACUCCUCAAACCUCCAUGCAACCCCCAAUUGGGUCGUUCCGCACGCCUGAUUCCUCCCCCACCCGUGGCAAGAACAGUGUCCCCCGUUUCACGCCAACCAACCAACAAUUACCGCCUCAUAUGUCGAGCCACCAUGCACCCCCCUACUCCUACUUCUCCCUGUCGAGGGAUGACCACUCCAGCUGGCAAGGGACUCGGACUUGCAAUUGGAACUGCCACGCCUGCUAG